UAACUGUCUAUCUUUGAGUUUCAUUUCACUAGAAGAAGAAGUUUUCUGGUGUGAGAGAGUCCCAGAGUCGUCUGCUGAGCUGCCUUCAAGAGACCAGGAGGAAAGACGAAGACACGAGUUUGGUUCAGUCGUCUCACUUCGCCGCUGGUGACUGCAGCCUGGGUUUGAAGAGUGAAAACGUGUUCUGGGGAAACCAGUUUGGGAUGGAGCUCCAGACGUGGAUUUCAGGCCUGCUGGUCCUUGCCUCCAUGUUCCCCCCGGCAGAGGCACUGGCGCUGUAUGACCCUCAGCUCUGUUACGUCCUGGACGGCUUCCUCGGCCUUUACGGCCUCAUCAUCACCGGCAUGUUCAUCAAAGAGAAGUUCUUCAGAUCCAAAGGGAAGGUGGUGGACGAAGGCCUCUACAGCGAGCUGCAGGGUCAGGACCCUGGAGGCUACGCUCCGCUGAUGAGAGACGCCGAGAGAGGAGGAAGAAACCGCAGAGUGGCUGAAGACUCCACCUACACGGACUUACACAAACGUACAGAUGGAGAAUAUAAGGAGCUUCCUGCUAAACGAGAGCGUCACAGGAAGAACGAGCAGGUUUACCAGGGUCUGAGCACGGCCACCAGAGACACCUACGACUCUCUGCAGAUGCAGCCGCUUCCCACUCGCUAACUCCGUCCAGAUGUCGUGAUCCUGAAUCUUUUUCCCUCUGCCCCUCACUUCCUGUCGGCCUCGACACCAUCGUCUGUUUCUGGACAAAUUAUUUGGCUGACGUUUCUUGUUUAGUGACGACAGGACCGCUGACGCUGACAGUUUGACUUUGAUUUGAUUUGGUUCCAACAGUUCGAACGAGUCUGAACAGGCCAAAGACUUUUUCAUUGGUUUCAUUGGUUUAGGUUCAUUUUUUUAAACAGUUUAUCAUCGGGACGUUUUUUCCAUUUUUCCAAUGACUGGUAGGUAGAAGGAAGUAAAGUAAUUUAGAAAAAUUAACACAAAUCUGCUUCAUUUUCUCAGAACUGACUUUAACAUGUCAGAGAUCAUGUGACCAUCACGAACAUUGAACACGAGUGAGCCGUCAACUAAAACUUCACUUAACUGAUAACUGAUAUUUUCUUUUCAUUUCCUCGACUCAUUAAAGCUUUGAAACUGGAAAUCUUUUAAUGCAACAGAUGAGGCGUUCACUGACCGUUUAACCCCUUUCUGCAGCAGCAAACAACCUCUACAUAAAACUACAUCAAUUCUCAUAGAACCAUAGGUUUUCAUUGAAGAAAACAUUUCUUUAAAUCAAUUAAAAGCAUCUUGUUGUUUAAAGGUUUCAUGGCAUAAAUUCAGAGUAAAAACUGUUUCUUCUUGUUAUGAGAAGAAAUCAAGGUCAAGGUGAAGUUUAUGAGGAAAAUUCAGGUGGUAAAGGUGCAAAAAAGGACAAAACAGUCAAAUAUAAAUGAUAAUAAUUUUCUUGGUGGUGAAAUAAAAUGUUUAAACAGUGACACACUCACUUCUGAUUUCAGGUAUUUGUAGGUUAGAUGUGUAUGUUGUAUGAUAUGUAUCUUAGUUUUGUAUGAGGACCGUCUGGCAUCCACACACCAGGCAGCGCUGCAGAGAGGGGUUAAACCAAUAAAACAGGAGAAAUAUUCAAAGUUUCAGUCGACUCUAAAUUUAUUGUUGGGGGUGGAGAAGCUGCUCGGACUCACAGCCCGAGAAUCUGCUGAAUCCUGGCUGCCGGCUUGUUUGAGAAUCAUCCGAGAGAUGUUUGUGUAGAACUGUUAACUCCGUCUUAAAUGCUUAAAAACGCAGGUGGUUUGACUCGACCUUCAGGGACAAGCUACAAGAGCAGAGUUUGGUUGAUGUUAGAGGAGUCAUUUUCCACAGUUGUGCUGUAAAUAACAAGAUGUAAAAUAAAAAGGCAUCAGAAACCCAAUCUGCAGAUAAAGCAACAUGUGAAGGCUGCAGUGCUCUUCACAUUUAUCUUAAACAACUUGUUGAGUUUAACUAAAAUCUGGAAGAAAUGGAGCCUUAAAGCUGCACCUGUAUGGAGCCUUAAAGUGUCAGUCUUAGAUAAUAUGAACCCUUUAAUCACAGAAAUCACAUUUAGCUGCAUUGGUAUGAAACGUUGAAAUUUUAAACAUUUAAUUCAAUCCACAUUUGGCUUAUUGCACCUUCAAGAUUUUACUAUAAAAUUAAAAAAGUGUGCUUCAGCUUUAAGUUUCCCUUUUUUCCCUCUUUGAAAGGUUUAAUGUUUUAUUUUCGCUAUUGAUUGCUUUGUUUUUACCAUAGUGCUUAUAUACGGUAAUUUAGCCGAAAUCUCUCUGCUGAUCUUUUCUUUUUAAAAUCCACUUUUUUGUGUCAGUUUUGUUUUCAUUUGACACAGUAGAUGGUUAUUAUGAAGGUUAUUUCCAGUAUCUUAUAGGUCUGGACAUUUGUUUUGAUAUUUUCCUGAGAAUUUGUGCUUUAAUAACAAUUAUGUGGAUAUUUCGCUUUAAUGAUAAUGCUUAUGAUUCCUCUGGAGAAGCUAAUCUGAACUAUAAUAAAAUGUAUUAUAAAAAUG